UGCAGACCUUAAUGGGAGUUGAUGUCUUUGACAUUAUAUCUUGCUGCCGUGCAUCUCUUCACCUUAGAGCUGUUGAGGCGAAAAAGACCCGGGGCAGGUCAGAUCGAAGACACACUCAUGCUGAACGUGUUCGUUCAAGAUGAAAAACUCGCGACUAUCUCUAUAAAGCGCACACAGACGGACACGGACUAAUGCUAACAACAAAACGGAAAACGAGUCUGCCAACAAAAGCGAGACAUGUAGCGCAAGGCAUCUCCUGAAGCUAGGCAAGGGGCGCCCAGUGCCUGGCAGCAUCGAAGUCGCCCUUCCUCACGCGCACAUUCAUAUCGUCCCAGCAAGACAAGCGAAUCCGUUCAGAAGUUGCACCUCCAUCCAUCCUGAAGUAAGGCGGGCUCAAGGGACUGGCUUUGGACGGUGGAUCACCAGUUUGGAGCUCAGACUGAGCGCCGUUCAGAGAGGUGUGGCCAUUGGUUGACGCGCAAUCAGUGGUGUCAAUAGUGUCCUCGUCACUCUCGCAGCCAUUUGUUAACGUCCGAGUGGUGCCUUGGCUUAAACCUCCGCCUCUGCCAGACGACCAACAGACAAAUCCGUUUUUGGCGGCCACUUCCAGUUGUGAUCAUGUGCUCACGAAAUCUUGCAGCUAUGCGAUGCCAGAGAUGCAAGCGCGUCCCUCUGUGCAGCGUAACACGCGUUCUUGAUCGCGAAGUAAGCGGAGGAGCCAAGAAACAGCGGCGGCUCACCCACUCCUUUGCUGGAGUGAAUCGUGGAAGACUUGGAUGGUGCGUUCGGGAGGAGGCUCACGCGAAAAUCGCGGGGAAUGUCGAGGGCUGUCGGGAUCUUGUAGGUACCUGGGCCUUUGGUAAACAAGUGCCCGUUGUUGUUGAAGACCACCUGCUCUAUCGUGAACAGACCCAGGCCUUGGACAAAUGCACCUUCGAUCUGAUUGACACCAGACAGGGGGGAUUCAUGGGAUCAACACAGCCAUUCAUUGCCCUUACUUGUCCGAUAUCAAUGACGGGAUUCAAGGAGUUGCCGACAUCAUGCAAGACGUCAGCACGGAUGACCUUGUGAUCGCCAGUCAGCGCAUCCACCUGAACAGGAGUCGCAGUGUAGGCUUAAGUGGAGUCGCUAGUCAAUGCAGCUCAGUUCUGAAGCUUACUUCAACUUCAGUGCACGCGACACCGUGUCCAAAAUAAUAAAAGGGCUUGCCUGUGUACUUCACCCAAUCCCACCUUAGCAAGCAUACAGACACCAAGCAAUGCAGUUCAACGCCUUGGCUCGAGUUCCUUCUCAACGAAACAGAGGCUUCCUUACGAGAUGUCUGGAGUUGCGUAGAACCCAUUGGCGGACAGAUUGACCCUGUCAAAGUGUGCCAGGGUCGCAGCUUUUGCCAGCGUGCUGAUUCGCUCUUCGUCAGUCGUUGGCUGCGGGGUUCGGCAUCGACUCAGAUACGGCCCUAAACCUUCCAAGAUCUUCCUACACGCCUCCAGGACAGCAAAACCGCUACAAAAUCCAAGAAAGGAGGAUAAGCUUCCAGAGAGCUAAACGAAUUCUUCCUUGAGUCACGCUGACUUGAUGUCACUCCCAACUGAAGCAGCUGUAGGGUGAGUGUUCGCAACUGAAAAGCGAACGUGGAUGUUACAUGAAAAACAGAUUCAAAUUCUUGCGUGUCUGAGCAUACCUUUGUCAGUGGAUGUCUCGGAGAUGUAAAUGGCAGACAAAGGUAUAUCGAACGCGGAAGCAGCAACCUGAAUGUCACAACGUCCUUGUUAUGUACCACCUCAACAACAGUUCAACAGGUGACUCAGGUUAUUCGCACCUGUGCCACUUUUGUGUGGAGACCUUGCCCCAUCUCCGUGCCUCCGUGCGUGACAAGGACAGUUCCAUCCUGGUAGACGUGAACCAGAGCGCCGGCUUGAUUCAUGAAAGUCUGUCGUGCAAGAAUAAUGGAAAACAGCAGAUAAACCCCCUGCGGAACGAAAAACUUCCGUUCAGAAUUCACCCACUUUGGUGAAUGACAUCUGUAGGUAGGCACAUAAGAGAGGCGUGUGCACAUAACGAAGAAAUCAACCUGUCAGAACGCUGAGUGCGCUUACGCCAAACUUCGUUCCGACAAUGGAUAGCCCUCGCUUGACGUAGCGGUUGGCAAGGUUGAACUGCUCAAUGGCUUUCCGACGAUUCUCGUAGUCUGACGUCUGCAGUAUCUUCUGCCACAUGACGAAUACAUGGUCCUCAUCUAACUCCUGGCCGUAUGGCGUGAUCUGUCCGAUCCUGCAGCGACCAUGAAGCAACCGUCUUCUAUCGACAGGUCUCAUGUACGUGUGCUAGUGGACCUUCACCUAUAAAGAUUCUCGUGUGCCAAAGCCUCACGGGUUGUGCCAAGCUCUCGAGCGAUGUGAUCCAUGUACACCUCGCACACAAACAUCCCUUGUGGGCCUCCGAAUCCACGGAACGCCGUAUUCGAUGGAAUGUUCGUCUUGCAGACGUGGCCGACAAAGGAAGUGUUGGGAAUGAAGUAGACCUGAGAGAGAGAAAAAGCUUGAUUACUGCGUGAUUGUUGCCAUGCCAGAUUUCCGGUCGUUACAUUCUCGCAGUGGAACAACGCCCUCUCACACACCUAUCCAGAAGGAAGUUGAAUGAGGCAACUUGAGAACCCCGAGAAAACACAGGACAAAGCACCUUACCGGAACGCUAAGAUCGGUUGACCAGCCACCAUUAUUAAAGAGCUCCACCGACGCAGCCAGCAGUUUCUUGGUUGUUUUGUCAGCUGCAACUUUGUACCUGAACAAAAAGUGCACCAAAAGAUCUGUUGACGUAUCGUGAGGGUCGGUCUCUCCUCGUCUCCCAUGCCACCUCGCCAGAAAGGCGUGACGUUGUCCCUGCGCGUCAAAGGAUGAAAGAAUGAACACACGGUGUGAGGGAGCUUUCUUGCUCACGGAUGUCGCCAUAUCAACGUCUCGAUCGAGCACCAAGCGGAGCGGCCGUUUCAGCUUGUGCGAGGCGACAGCUGCGUAAGCCGAGAAGAAACAGGAUCGGGUUUCCUUGCCCCCAAAUCCGCCUCCUGAAACCGGAGAGGCUCCAUUGACUGGAUCGAAUACAACGGAGGUGCAACACAUUCUUCGUACCCAUGCGCUUGCACUUGGAGACAAUCUUGUGUCGAGGAACGCCCAAAACCAUCGACACGAGCUUUUGCGUCUUGGAUGGAUUUUGAGUUGAGCUGGUCACGAUGUACUCAUCAUUCUCACCUGAAGAACAAAGUUCUGAAGGUGCCGAUUUCAUCAUAUCACCGCGUCUUACCUGGCUCAACUCUUGUUGCAUGCGGCUCAAGAUAGAAAUGCUCCUGUCCGCCUAAGUAGAUCUCUCCUUCAGCGAUUGCCACGUUGUCGUCCUCGGAGAGUUCUUUCAUUAGAGCGUCCAGAGCUUCAGCCUUGUCCAUGUGCCGAUGCCUGAAUAAUGCACCACAACGCUGUACUUCCACGCGCCAUCGUCGUAGUAUACCUUUCGCUUGUCACGCGUCCGACGGUUAGGGCGGUUUGGUGCGGCAGGGCCGGGCCGAAGUCAAAGUAGGACCUCUCGUGAAUGGCCUCCACACAAGAUCACAAUGGUCAAACCAGAACUUUGCAGAUUCCCGUCCGACAUCUUUUCUUACAUCUUCGAUGGAGAUUACAGCAGGCAACUCUUCGUACGCCACCUUGACCGCAAACAUCGCUUCUUUCGCGGCCGCAGGACUUGUUGCGACGACGACGCCAAGAGGUUGUCCGACGCAAUAGACCUGAGAGGAGAGGGCCCAGGUUCUUUCUUUUUGUGUCUUUUGUCAAUCCUCCAAGGAAGGUUUGCGAGAACCUGCGAGGUUGCGAAGACCUCUUCAUCUGGGAGAAUUGACCCGACCCAGUUGACUCCCUGCAGCCAAGCAGACGCUCUCAUUUAGCCGCCUCUGUCAGGCCUUCCUCCUCUUUCGGUUCACUGACUGGAAUAUCUUUGGCGCUGGUGAAGUCCACAAAUCCUGGGACCAGCUCAGCAGCUGAGGCAUCGAUGCUGACUAUCUUGGCUCUGGCUUUUGUGGAAACCAGCAGCUCGCAGUGAAGUUCAUCAGGCAGUAGGGGCAUAUCAUCGGUGUAAACAGCCUUGCCUGAUAUUUCAGUACAUCACACAGAAACACCAUAAGUCGUAAAUCCUGCGAGCUGUCCCGUCUGCGAAGCGACCGGUGACAUGAAGGUCUCUGAAAAACAACGAGACGUUCAAUUAUCAAACUCCGAAGAGAACAUUCUGUAAUGUGUUGAGCAGGUCUUUUUUACCCAGCCAUGUGCUUUGUCGACUGCCCUGCUUGUCCCUUCGCCUCCUGAGAUGCAGUUCCGGAAGGAAAGCACGAAUGCUGCACUCCGCGAACUCCUUCGUGCACGAAGUUGUUCGUGAGAUGCUGCAAUACAGGAGCAAUUCACUCACAUGGUUUGCGGAUGACUUAGUGAUUUGGCACACGGGAUGCCUUGCGCUUACGCUCAGGCAGGAUUCCUCUCCGGGUUGGACCGCACUGCUCAAGCGAUGCGAACUCGCGGAGACUUGCAGAAAGAACUUGAACAAGAACGACUGUGUUAGCGACUGGCGAUACUCCGCCUGCGCAGUCAGAUCAGUCAAUCUUUCAACGAUCAAGCCCGCGUGGAGUAGAACCUCUGACCUGGCCGCCUGGCACGUUGUGUGGGAGGUGAAGAGCCUUGUCCAUAACCUCGAGAGCACCGUCAAUGAUCUCUCUGCUCCAUGGCUUGCCGGCGAAGUAAGUACUCAGCGCCGGGCAGCAUAUCGUGAAGGGCGCCAUUCCUGAAUUGCGAAAAUGCGCACCCAUGUCAUGCCAACACCCUGAGAGCCUGGUAUUCCAUAUCCUCUAGACUCUCCACGCACCGCCGAAGGAGAAGCAACUGUCCACGAUGAUGUCUGAAGAGAAAACGCGAAAUCUUUCUUAACUUACCGGCUCAGCGUACUCACUCACCGCCUGAGAGCUUGACGCGCAUCCCUGCGUUAACGAUCGCAAUGUCAUCUUCACGGCGGCGGCACUGCAUUAACGAAGAUCACAGCGCCACGGCGUACAGCAAUCUGCACCAGAUGGAAAGACGUUUGCUUGCUGUACCUGUUUGAAGCCGAAGAAGAAUUCGUCACUGUCGCGUGGGAAGGGGAUGAAGAGACUCACGGCAACCUCGUUGGGCCUCACGUCAACUUUGCGAUAUCUGCGAUCGAACACGAAUGUUAAAGCUCCAGUUUGCAUGCAUAGAGUAUGAAUCACCCUGUGAAGAAGUUCUUAUCCAAGCGUUUGUCUCGAUAUGAAACUUCUCCAACCGACUCCGCGAGGGAGGCGAGCCGUAGUGUGCAUCCUGGGAGUAAUCGGUUUCUUGCGUGUCCGUGGUCGGUCUUCACUUGCAUCAAGUCACUUACCAGCUGCAACAUGCAAUGGAUUUAGGUCAGAUAUCGGACUGGCCGUAACGAUCUGACAACAGAAACGGAUGCAAACGGAUGCACUCCAAGUAGUCCCUUUUUUUUGAAGACGUCCGCUCACGUUGCCGCCAAGGCUUGCCACAUUUCGAAUCUGAGUUCCAGCGAACCAACGCAGCUGAUUCACAUAUGCCUGCGUGAAUCAAACAAAGCAGCGUCUUGCAAUUUUCCACAGUCCGAGAUGCUGCUUUACGCCGCACCUGCAGAAUCCUUCUUUUCCAUUCAAGAUUUGCGCGGCGGAAUUCAUUGGCCUUUUCUUCGAAUGACAUGAGCACCGUGGACAGGUCAACGCUGCAGCCAAUGCGGACCCCUGUUGUCACGAACGUGCGCACACAACCAGCAAAGGGAUUUGUGCAACCGAUCAUAUAUUAAUCGUGCAGCUGACCGUUUUCUUCCCAGUGCAUUUCUAGGAGUUCCGCCACUCGACUCGUCGACAGCAAGCUCAAUGGAUACUGGUGGUUCCUCUUGAAGAACUUUUCAAUGCGACGCUGAUACAGAAGCAACCAUUCGAUUGUAUAAAGACGCAAAUCUCCACAAUCCUACGAAGAUCACACCUCGGUGUUGCCGACAACGAGCCUCAGGGGCAGAUUCUUGAGAUGGUGAUGGCGGAUAAUUUGAAGAACAUCGAUGAGCGUAUUCGGACUGUACCACUCGACGGGCGAACCCAAAUGCCUUCAAUCAAAUCGUACACAGAAUGUAGAAUGAUCGUUUCCUGCGCUGUGGCCCUGAUCCUACCGGCCAACGUAAUGAAGAGGCGGUAGGCUUGAGGGCAGCUUGUCAAACAGCCUCUUUGCCUCUGCAUCGUGGCUUUUCAGCCAUUCGCCAGCCGCAGAGCCCUCAUACGCAGCCUCUUUGCCUCUGCACUUCUUCCUGCCGUUGCACGCGUGUCCAGCUGCUGGGAAGGAUUCUCGUCCUUCGUGGACGUCGUCGGCGAAUGUCUUGAACGCGUCGAGGAUCGGACGAUAGCCAGUGCACCUGAAGGCAAGCAGUGCGCACAACUUUACCGAAACAGGUGAAUGCCAUACCGUGCACACAACCUUACCGACCUGCAGAGAUUGCCAUCAAAACCAUCCUCGAUGUCAGAUUCGUUGAAGUGAUCCCGGUUCAUCCACAACGAAUACAUGGACAUCACAAAGCCUGAACACCGAAAUAGCGAUUAUCAAUGACCGCCACAGUUAGCUGUAGUACCUACCUGGCGUACAAUAUCCACAUUGGGAACCAUGGCUGUCAGAGAGCGCCUGCUGGACAGGAUGGAGUGCCUUCUCCGAGCAAAUGCCUGACAAUAUCAGGAUCACAGGUCACAGGAAUCGCUUGCCAUACCGCCGCAGGCUAGCGCCUCACCCUCGACUGUAGUGACAGCAGUCCCAUGCAGGGAGCAUAUGGGUGCGAGGCAGGCGUUUAUGCUCUUGUGAACCAAUUCGCCACUGCGCGUCUUUGACGACACCAUCACUGUGCAAGCACCGCAUCCUCCCUCGCCACACCCUUUGACAACAAUCGAGGAAAUGAUUUGCAGGCUUUGUCAGUUCCUUGAAGCGAGCAUCUUACCCAGCUUGGUUCCCGUGAGGCGGCACUUCUGACGCAGAUACUCUAGCACCGUCAUCUCUGGAUCAACCUUAUCAUGCUUGAGGUCAUGACGCUACAGAGAACACAGAGGGGGUGAUGUUUCGCGCGGCGGAUGAACCAUCGUUCCUCUUCGUACCUUUCCAUUCACCCAGAAAAAGAGCGUGGAUGACAGAUCUUCCACGCUACCCUCCACGCUACCCUCCAUGAUACACGCUAGCCGAGGUGGACACGACCGAAUCAAAACGUGCCCACUCUCGUCCAAACUGACGUGAUCGGCUUCGAUCUGCUUCACACCUGUAAAGGACCACUACCCCGCGCUGCGAGCUGUGCGG